AUGACAAAUUUAAUGCAAGAUUAUACCCGUUUUCAACGUCAAAUGAGGGAUGAAAGAGUAUUAAUUAGAAGUGGAAGCGUAACAAGAUCGGAGGUUGACGGAAAAUUGAAUAAAUCUCCAUCAGUUGCGGCUUUACUGCAUGCAGAAAUAACUCGUUUAAUAGAUGGAUUUAGAGGAAUGAUCUCUUCUUCAUCAUUGGUUACUUCUGCUAAGCUCUUUUUAAACAGCUUUAACGGCAUACCUGAAUGGCAAAAAUCAAAUAACUGGAUGCCAAUUACAGCUUCUAAGCAUUGCUGCGGAUGUGCCAAAGAAUUUUCUUUUAUUCGAAAAAAUAGGCAUUGUCGCGUUUGUGGAGCUUUAAUUUGUGCUGAAUGUUCUUCCGAAGAUUUACUGCUUUAUGUCCCAAACGAAAGCUCUGACAAAUAUAAUGUCAAAUGGAGCAUUAUUAAUGACUUUGGGUGUCCUUCAUCGGAACCUACAAUUUGUAUAUAUCUCAGAGUGUGUACAGAAUGUCAGAGUGCACUUUCAAAUCUACUAGUUCAUCAAGCCGAAUGCAACGAGAAACAAGUACAAGUUAAAGUAAAAGAAACUGAUGCGGAAAAAUUUUUUAAAGAAAUUUCAGCAAUUCACAACAAGCUAGCUAGUAUUAAAGCCAAAGUGCAAGAGUCUCUUCCUAAAUAUCAGAAAUCGAUUGAGUCAAUGGGAAUUGACUCCGGUAGCCCAAAAUCUUCUCCAAACAUUCAAAAUAACAUCCAGGCCCUUGCAAAACUGCAGAUAGAUAUCUCGGAUGAAUUAAGCAGUUUCAUUCUUUCUCUACAGCCUUUAAAGAAUAUAAAGUCGCAAAAUAGUACACAGAAUAAAUUACUAGAAUGUGUAAAGAUGGGCAGUAUUAAAUUCUACUACGACAAUAUCACCGUUUUUCGCACUAUGAAAAUCCGCUUAGAGAACGCGGUUCCUCCAGAAGUACUAACUGAGAUUCAAAGCGAAGUUAAUAAAAAUGCAAUCAAUGGUACUUACAUAUACGUAAAGCAAUUGAUAAUGGAAUACCUAAUACUUAGCCAAUUGCAUCACUUCCAAAAUGAACUAGCGGACGUGAUUUUACCAUGUGAAAAGGUAUCCUUUAUUGAAUUACAAAAAUGCAUUACAGCAAGAAACGAAGACUUUUCCAAGCAUAUUAAUACUAUAGAUACUUUCCUUAAAUAUCAACUGGAGCUACAAACAAGCUUUUUUACAUUACUAGAUAUAUGGUACAAUAAGUAUCUUGAAUAUGGCAAUGCAACCGUGCGCUUUCCUUGCACCAUGUUGCUAAUGUUAUAA